CUGGUCGAAGGAAUGAAUCGCGUGGAGAACUAUAUCACAUUGAGCUACAAAUGGGGUGAAAGUGCCAAGUACUUCACCCUAGCACAAAACCUAUGUGAGCAUGAAGAGACAGGCAUCCCUCUAAUCUUCCUGCCCCGGACCUUCAAAGAUGCGAUGCACGUCACUCAUUCACUUGGAUUCCGUUGGCUAUAGAUUGACGCUCUAUGCAUUGUACAAGACGUAGAAGAUGAGCUGCAGAGAGAAAUGGGUAUGAUGGACCAGAUAUUCCAGUAUUCGACGCUUACUCUUUUCGCGGCGGCCGGGGAUCAUGCAGACUCUGGCCUCUCAUUUCCCAGAGACCCACGGUGGCACAAGCCGUGUUUGCUAAAUUUAAAGACCACCGUUCACCAUAAGACAGUGGAGGGAUCAGUUUACGUGGAUGUCGACGGCGCCCAUGACUCUUAUUCGCCACUUUAUGGACGAGGCUGGGUCCUACAGGAAGAAAUUCUCGCAAUUCGAGGGCUUGUCUUUGGACGUCGAGAAAUUCGUUGGCGAUGCAUGUGCGGUAGAAGUUCUGAGAGAACCCCAAUGGAGACGUGCCGUAGGCGUAUCACAACUAUCCGAGAUCUUGGGUCUCCUACCGGCUUGCCUGAGAAGAUUCAAUACUCCUGCGAGGUGGAAGAUGGUUUUAACUAUCUUCGAAUGUGGAUCCAAGAUCCCGAUCCUCUGCCUGAUCGGGUGCGGUAUCGGAAUGAUAAAUGGUUUCGAGAUAACCACUUUGAUCAUUGGUAUUCCAUGGUUGAAAAUUAUAGCAGAAGAGAGCUCACGCGCGAGUCAGAUGAGCUACCUGCGUUGGCCGGUAUAGCUACAGCAAUGGCGAAGACACACAACUGCAAAUACCUUGCCGGAUUAUGGCACGAAGACCUGCAGACCGGCCUGUGCUGGUAUGUUAGCGCGCGUAGACGCUUUCAUGAAAGGGACGGCCAGUCGAAAGCCGCAAAAGGUCCUGCGCUGCUGUGGUCUUGGAUUUGUCGGAAUUUUCCCAUCGGCUGGCUUUAUGUGGCUUUGUAUAACGAUAUAAGGACUCAUGAGGCCUUAUUACUAGCCGUAAUGGAAAUGCUGCUGAAGCUCGUAAAAUCGAUAUUAUUGAUGAACCUAUCUAGGAUUUGCGAGAAUUAUAGGGGCGGUAAGCCUCUACUCAUGGAUGUUCCGUGCAUAGCAUUGGAUCCGCCUAAGAACCAGCCGGAUUCUGCUGAAGUUUCUGCGCCAUCAUGGUCUUGGAUUUCUCGGAGAGGCGAAUACAUAAAGUUCCAAGGCUGGGAAAACGAGGAUCUCGUUAUAAAGAUGAAGAUGGAUGGUCUGUCGAGGGCUAUACAAAACGUUGCCGAGUUUCCAAACCUAAAAGCCGAGGGUUUCGUCGAACUUAGAAAUGCUCCGGAUGUCAUUGUGACUUCUCCGCCUCAGUCGCCCACAACGAACCCUUAUAUUACCGUCACACAGAAGACUCUCGUCCUCAGCGGCCGACUGAAAAUGGCGGUCGUUGAGGAGAAACACAAUCCAUUAGGAGCUUUUUCAGGGCUAGAUGGACACGGAGAGUGGGAAAGAGAAGUGCGGGAUCCCGAUACAGGCCAGCAGUUAGGUCGUAUAAUGUUUGAUUUUAACCCGGAAGGAUUGCAGAUCAAGUCUGUGUUCUGCUUUCUCUGUGCUAAGGGGGAUAGACUCACUAAAUGGGAGCUGACAUGUCUGGGACUACUGCCCAUUGAUAAUGCAACGAACAGAUUCACCCGCAUUGGCCUUAUCAUCUUAACGGUUCCGAAAUGGUUCGGCAUGUCAGUGAGCGAAGGCUAUUACUAUUCUAUAUUAACUGAUAGAGUGGACAAAAUACCGUCACAGACUAUACAAAUUUCAUAG